UUCUUCAAAUCGCAUUCGACUUCUGCUCUCAUCUGCUUAACAAUUGAUUCAAUGUUCGUUUUUGUAUUACAUACGCUUGAACUUUAAUCAGACCGUAUGUGACCAGGGAAUAUAACCUUUGUAAUGGCUGAUGAGCCCCAAGUGGAGAGUGACUUGGUCCGAAUCUUUUUAUCUUGUCAAUUACCAGAACAACUAAAUCCCCUACCACGCACGCCUCCACGUAGGUUCUGAAACUAAACCCCCACCCCUCCCAAUACAAAAUGUAUUCACCACCUUACCCUAUCUAUCCCCACUUUAUCACCAGGCCAUACGUCCCUUCUUUUCAGAUUCCUGCGGACAAAGAAAGCUAUGUCCUUCCUCCCACUGCAAGUUGAAGGGCACUUCUGUCAAUUUACAGCCAUAUAUACAUAUAAAUAUACACACAGGGGGUCCAUUACAACAUCUACUAAUUAUCUUCAUCCUUCCGGAAAAUUCGGUCACUGCGCUCUGCAUCCACAAAGGGAGAUUGAAGAGGAUCCCCAGAGUCUAGCAGAACAUGUUUGCGAUGAAGUUCCAUCCUUCCUCGAAGAAGCGAAACACCUUGUGUCCGCAGUCCUCUGUGGUUUCAUCCUCCGCCUCCUCCAACGCCAAGAAGCUCUGGAGACUGCCUCACGUGUUCGCCAACGUUCUCGAGCUCCCUCUCCGCUCAGACGCCGACGUGUCCGUCGAGGAGACCCCCACUUCUUAUCGUUUUGUAGCCGCCGCCAAUGGCAUACCCAACGGUGUGCGCGCCCACGCCAUCGAAAUCUUGCCCGGUAUGACCAGAAUCGUGGUAAAAGGAAUGGACGGCGGCGAAUUGGUUGCCGGUCAGCUUCGUCUUGGUCUUGAUCUUUGGAGGUUCCGAUUGCCAGCUUGGACCAGGCCCGCCACGGCCACCGCCGUUUGCUCUGGUGGAAAACUGGUCGUGACGGUGCCCAAAACCACCGCAGGGAAGUGAAAUUGAAGACGAUGAUGAAACAUCAUGAAAAAAGAGAGUGGGACGUGCUUGUAUAUACAGAUUGUUCUCGUUCACUCCAAUAAAACAACUUCCGUGUCGCUCUUUAAUCUAACAUGGCCUGUUUCAUUCUUAUUUCA